GCCAGUUCGUGCCGACGCCGCGCAUGUUCGAGCCGUUCGAGCUAACCUCAAACUCAGUCUGCGUGUCAACACUGUCAACUUGAAACGCGCGAAACGGGAGAGUAUGUCGAGAGUAACCGAAUCCCUGAAGAGGCUGAACGUCAAGAACGACGCAGGAACGCGCGGACAGGACGACGAAAUGGUCGGCAAGAAGGUCGAGCUGACGCUGUCGCUAGAAGAGACGGUGUCGCACGAUCAGAACUACAUCCUCUCCGUCUGUGGAACUCAAAGUGAGCCAGAAUUUACAAUUGGAGCAGGACUGUCGGACCAUUCGUGCGUGAUAUAUUCUGUUGGCGAGUCCACGAGCCGAACGAUUACCCUGGACCAUAAUCAAGCACCCAUCGUGGGAGUUAAGUUCAGUCCCACUUCUAAAAAUAUAUUAUAUAUCGCGACUAACGAUGGGCUAAUUACAGCACGUGAUUUGCGUGCUAAAGGAAAGGUCGUGGCAGAAUUCAAAGAUGGUACGGAAGAUGGCAAAACAAAGCCUUUGGCUAGCUUUGACCUCAGCUGCGAUGAAAGGCUCGUAGCCGGUGGGACGGAGCACACCGGUGGAGAUGCGUUUAUUCUAUUUUGGGACCUAAGGCAAAGUGGUUCAAAAAUAGGAAAUAAAAACAAUCUCCUUGGUGGAUAUUGGGAAUCGCAUAUGGAUGACGUCACUUGUCUGACCUUUCAUCCCACCAAGCGGAAUGUUUUGGCAUCGGGUAGCACUGACGGUCUGAUGAAUAUAUUCGACCUGACGCAAUCCUCGGAAGAUUUGGCCUUGACAUCCUCGUUAAAUACCGAGUCGUCAGUGGACAGGCUAGGUUGGUUAACCGAUGAUUCUCUAUGGUGUACGACACAUACGCAUUUGCAAUUAUGGGAAUGCGAAGGUGCUUGUGCGUAUGAAACAUUCGCGCGCAGUCAUUUAGCAGUAUCGCGGAAGGAUGAUCCUGAUAAUUGUUACUUAGUGAAAUUCCACACGACAAAUGUGUUUGGACAACCAUUCCUGCUGGCGGGUUCUAGUACAGUUACAAGGGAAAAUUUAAGAUGUUUGAGUAUUAGGGAGAAUUGUUUGGAAACGUGUUACGAAAUUAUAGGGAACAAACAAAUAGUACGGGACAGCUGGAUCCAUGAAAAGAGUGGUAGCUUGGUGACAGUCGGCGAGAAAGGCAUUAUCAACGUGUGGCGACAAGCGGAAUCGCCGACACAGCGAGAUUCGGAUCAUAAGUUGUUAACUAAAAUUGGAAACGGCCGUGACCGGCAUCACAGGAUUAAACCCUAUUAAAAUAAGUAUUUAAGGCAAAUAAUGUAAAUUCGAAACGUCAUGAUUGUAUAUUUCCCUCACAUUCUUCUUUAUUACAAUAACAGUUUGUACAUUUAUAAUAAAUAGGUAUUAUUUGUU